AAUAUUACAGACAACCAGAAGGAUAAACCUUAUCCAAACAAAGCAUAAAAAUGGUGGUCCAACCAUGGAAAACCCGCCUAAAACUCCCGCUUAACGGUCAUUUCUUCUCACACCAACUUCAAUUUUUCCAAUGGAAAUUCUUGCUGCAAAUUCUACUAAUACUACCACUUUCCACUCUGUUCUUCAAACCUCUUCUGCCUUCUCGAAGCUUUCCAGAAUCACUUCUUCAAAUUUGCAUAUUCCCCUUAAUUUUGAUUACUUUGAUGAUCCUGGUAAGAUAAACUCUUUAAAUUUAGUCAGUCAAUUGCAUGCCCAUGUCAUAAAAUCGCCCCAAUUGGUCAAUUCAGAUGUAAUUGCCCAGGAAUUGAUCACUUCUUACUUGAAAUUUCGAGAUUUUGAGUCCGCUGUAACGGUUUUUUAUCUGGGUUUUGGGAGGAAUUUUGUGUUAUGGAGGUCGUUUUUGGAGGAAUUCAAGAGUUUUGGAGGAAACCCGGUUGAGAUACUUGAGGUUUUUGUUGAAUUGCGUAAAAAAGGGGUGGAAUUUGAUAGCCGCAUAUUGUCUGUUGUAUUGAAAAUUUGUGCAAUUUUGACUAGUAAGUGGUUAGGGGUGGAAGUCCAUGCUUCUUUGAUCAAAAGGGGUUUUGAUACGGAUGUUCAUUUGAAGUCUGCAUUGAUGAACUUUUAUGGGAGGUGUUGGGGAACUGGUUAUGCAGAUAAAGUGUUCGAUGAAAUGCCUGAACGAGGAGGGGUCGCGUUGUGGAAUGAAGCCAUUGUCGCAGCUGUUCAGAAUAAGGGUUACAUGAAGGCUCUGCAAUACUUUCAGAAGAUGCAGUUUUUGUUUGUUAAAAGUGAUAGUUUUACAAUUGGUAAAGCUUUACAAGCUUGUGCUAAAGGGAGAGCUAUAGAUGAAGGGAAGCAAAUUCAUGGGUAUGUGUUUAGAAAUGACUUGGAAAAGGAUUUAGCAAUAUGCAAUUCUUUGAUUAGCAUGUAUGCAAAAAAUAAUGAGGUAACGCUAGCUAGGAAGGUUUUUGAUUCUAUGAAGAACUGCAAUUUAUCUUCAUGGAACACGAUGAUUUCUGCUUAUGCUUCGCUUGGUGCUUUUGAUGAUGCAAUGGAGCUAUUCAGCGGGAUGGAGUCCCAUGGUGUGGAACCAGACAUAGUCACAUGGAAUUCCCUCUUGUCUAGUCAUUUACAAUAUGGGUUAUAUCAUCAAGUUCUGAACAUUCUACACGAAAUGCUUGUGCAAAAUUUACAACCAAACCCAAGCUCCAUUACCCCUGCAAUUCAAGCAAUUAGCGAGUUGAAUGUGAUCAAACUAGGAAAGGAAAUGCAUUGCUAUGUUUAUAGAAAUGGAUUUCAUUGUGAUUUAUACGUGCAGACAACAUUAUUGGACAUGUAUGUCAAGAAUGAUGAACUGAUUAGAGCUCGAGCAAUGUUCGACCUCAUGAAGACUAGAAAUAUUGUUGCCUGGAAUUCUUUGAUUUCUGGGUAUUCCUCUAAGGGUCUGUUUGAUGAUGCUAUGAUGUUGUUGAAACAGAUGGAAGAGGAAGAUAUAAACCCAGAUAUAGUGACAUUAAACUCUCUACUUUCUGGUUAUUCACUGAAUGGCCGUAUAGAGGAUGCGUUGGCUGUGAUAGAGAAAAUCAAGAUUUUAGGCAUGAAACCUAACGUUGUUUCAUGGACUGCCCUUAUAUCAGGUUGUUCACGGAACGGAAAGUACAAAGAUUCCAUAAGUUUUUUCAAUAAAAUGGUGGAAGAAGGUAUAAACCCUAAUGAGGCCACUAUAUGUUGUUUACUUCAAGCUUUUGCAGGUAUGUCUUGGCUACAAAAAGGUAAAGAGAUACAUAAUUGGUGCAUAAGAAAUAGGUUUGACACAAAUGUGUUAGUAGCCACUGCUCUUAUACACAUGUACAUAAACUCAGGAAGUUUGCAGAGUGCCUCUAUGAUUUUUCGAUGGAUGAAAAACAAGUCAGUUGCCACUUGGAAUUGCAUGAUCAUGGGUUUUGCAUCUUACAACCAUGGGAAAGAAGGAAUCACGAUUUUCGAGGAAAUGUGUGAAAUGGGAAUUCAUCCUGAUGCCAUAACUUUCACUGCUCUUCUAUCAUGCUGUAAGAAUUCAGGAUUACUUGAUGAGGGCUGGAAAUAUUUUGAUAGUAUGAAGACUGAUUACAACAUAGGGCCUACAGUUGAGCAUUACUCGUGCAUGGUUGAUCUUCUAGGAAAAGCUGGGUAUCUUGAUGAAGCUUGGGACUUCAUUAAAACAAUGGCUGUUGAACCAGAUGCUUCUGUUUGGGGUUCUUUACUUCAAUCCUGCCGAGUCCAUAACAACUUGGAACUCGGGAAAGUUGCAGCCAAAAACCUUUUUGAGCUAGAACCAAAUAAUUCAGCUAAUUAUGUUAUAAUGAUGAACUUGUAUUCAAUGUCAAGUAGAUGGGAAGAUGUGAAUCGUGUGAGAGAAGAGAGUUCUGCUCAAGGACUAAGAAUUCAACAUGGGUGGAGCUGGAUAGAAAUUUACCGUAAAAUACAUGUUUUCAGUGAAGAAGAAGCUCACCCAGAUAUAGGAAAUAUAUACUUUGAGCUGUAUCAGCUGGUAUCUGAGAUGAAGAAAGCAGGGUACAACCCUGAUAUCAAAUCUGUUUACCAAGAUAUAAGUGAUGCUGAUAAAGAGAAGCUUCUUGUUACUCAUACUGAGAAAUUAGCCAUUACUUAUGGGUUGAUGAAGAUCAGGGAUGGUAUUCCAAUCAGGGUGAUAAAGAAUACUAGAAUGUGUUCUGACUGUCACAUUGCUGCUAAAUUCAUCUCUGUUGUCAGAAACCGUGAAAUUAUCCUUAAAGAUGGUGUUCGAGUUCAUCAUUUCCGGGAAGGAAGAUGUUCUUGCAGUGAUAGUUGGUAAUAAGGUUGUAAGGGAUCUAACUUGUUCAAAACUCACAUGUAAUUAUAGACAUUUUGGAUUAGUAAAUUCUAAUUAUGUGAUUACAAUAGAUUAUAUUUUUGUAAUUCCCAACAGUUACCACUUACCAGCUAACUGGAAAAGGGACCAAUAGUAUAGUCUUUACGGUCCAUCUCUAUUUA